AUGGGCGACUCGCCGCUACUCUUGGCUUCGUCGAUCCUUGGCAAUGACGACGAAGUCGGACGAGCGAUCGAGCGGCUGCUGAGAAGCGGCGCCGAUCCGAACCAAGCAAAUCGGGAGGGAAGGACGCCUCUGCACAAGUUGUGCGAGUUCCGUAUACCCGAACAUGUUGGCUUGAUCGAGAGGUUCUUGUCGGUCUGCGAUGAAGUCGGGCAGCAGGUGAACAUCGACGCCCGGGACAAUGAGGGUCGGACACCGCUGCACGUGGCUAUGCAGCAGUGUCGACAGGAUGUGGUCGGAUUGCUGCUGAGUCAUGGGGCCGAUCCAAAUGCUCGCGAUGCGAAGGGAAAGACUCCGUUGCAUUUGACAUUUGCCUGGAGUGAAAACAAGGCCUUUAAAACUAUGCUGAGAGGCGGCGCAGAUCCGAAUCUGGCCGACGAGGAUGGAAGCACCCCUCUUCACCUUAUCUGCCAAAGAGACCACAAAGAUGAACUCGUCGGGAUUUUGUUUGAGAUUUGUGAUGAAAGGCAGCUGACGGUCCAGGUCAAUGCCGGAGACAAGAAGGGGAAGACAGCGUUGCACUGGGCCCUGGAGAAUAUAUUGCCAAACACCGUCGAUGUGCUCUUGAGUCGUGGCGCAGAUAUGUCCAACUGCACUUUCCAAACACACGAUUUGAUUCUCCGAGACGAUCCACGUUGUUCCUUGGAAGUGAGUUUAGCGGCUGGUACCCUGGCCAUCGCCGAACAUCUCGAGGCAAGAGGAUAUGAUUUCAAUCGAAGCGAAGCCUUGAAAAUCAUGAACUUUUUCGUCGAACAGAGAUUGUUCAAAAACCCGUCGUCGUAUCUUGAAAAAACUCUGCGCAAUCAAAAGUUCGUGAGCCAGGCGAAACAGGCAAUGGUCGUUCCGAGUCUGUCGCUCUACGAUCUCAUCCACUUAGGACCCGAAGAGGAGGAAAAGCUACUCACGUAUAGGGACUAUUUCGUGUUCGCGCGUCGGUUUGAUAAAUUGAUGAAGACUUCAAAAAAGAAUGAAGAGAAUUGUCUUUUGCAUCUGUGCGAAAAACUAUCGAGAGGAUUUUUUCGACGCUGGGCAUUGGAUCCUUUCUACGAGUUGAUCCACAAACGGCUGCCGAUUAUCUGUUGCGAGAUGGUCCUGAAGAACCUGGACAAUCGAGAUUUGUGCAAUAUUUGCUUGGCGGUUGCAGGCCGAACCUCGUCAUAA